GGACCGAAGUGAAAGCGGCGGCGCGGCGGCAGUGAUGCCAUUCUCCCACGCCGCUAAGGCCCAAUAGUGAUUGUCUUUGUCAGGAACAGGCAAAGGCACAUGAUUUUCCAACGCUCAACAUGGAUCUGCCGGCGGUGAUCGCGUGCGUGAAAAGAUACUGCCCGCUGACAUAAGACUUACGUUCGGAGGAGGGACAUCUCCUACAGUCUCCCCCCUCCUUUACCCAAUGGCGGCCGACGACUACGCUCGAAUGCUGGUGCGACAACAUCCGUUACAGAGGCUGCCCGCCCCUUCGAGGGGAGCGUCGGCACUGCUGCAUACGGUUGGACUCUGCUCCUUCACUUACUCCUUCUCCUACCUCGUCACCAACCCGAACCCAGUCAACGACUCGUACGGAUGGCACCUCCAAUACCUCACCAUCAUCGGCCUCUCGCUCGCCACCAUCACCUUCGCCAUCGCCCUGCUGGCUGACAUAACCCUGAGCCGGCGCCUGUUCGCCUUCAAAAACUGGCUCAGCGUAGCAAGUGCGCCAAUGGAAUGCCUCAUAACGAUGCUAUACUGGGGAUUGCGAGCGAUCGACCCCAAGCUCGUCCUCCCCGACUGGGCACCACCCCUCAGCCGAAUCGCCGACCUCUCCUUCCACGCCGCCCCCUCCAUAGCCCUCGUCACCGACCUCCUCUUCUUCUCCCCACCCUACACCAUCGCCUUCCUACCCGCGCUAGGCCUGAGCGGCAUUAUCGCGUUCGGCUACUGGUUGUGGAUCGAGCAAUGCUAUCACUACAAUAACUUCUAUCCGUACCCGAUUUUCACUUUGUUGAAUACGCAGCAGCGGAUUGGCUUGUUUGCCGGCUCAGCAUUACUGAUGACGCUCAGCACCGGAUUUUUGACAUGGGUGUACGGCGUGGUGAAUGGCACGGAGCAAGAUGCGCGGCAUACGAAUGGCGACGUGAGGUUCAAAGAGCGGAGCGGCAACAUCAAGGGCGAAUGAGCGUCGCGAUUGGGGCGGGAAUUUGAAGGACACUGAUACACAUAGAUGAUUGGAUACCCAAAUAUAUGGCAGAUAUGCAACGGUCGCAGCUGCUGCGCAGAGCAUGAGCACUCAGAUUUCUGUCCAGCGUUCAGCCUUGCGAUCUGGGCAGUACUUAUGUUCGUUCUUCUCUCAAUCCAGUAGACGGUACGCUGCAGACGGACGGGGCGACUUUCGACGCUUGGUGGUGGCCUUUCAGCAUUCCAUCUGCAGCCUGGGACCUUGCCGUCUAACUCUCCUCCCGAAGGCUGAAAAUUCUGAUACCUCGCCCGGUGUAGAUAGAGCUGGAAUGAUAACGCGUACUCAUCU